AUGGCCGCGGAGACAGAUGAGACAGCAACGAGACAAUGUCCUGUCCAGACAAAGGACAUCCCAUUUCUACCGGAAGAGCUCUUUCACAUGAUUCUAAGUUAUCUUGACCCCGUGGAUGUGGUUCGUUGCCGUCGUGUCUCCCGAUCCUGGUCCGAUGCCUUUGGGAACCCCCGAAGCCUCGUUCCGUUGCUGAAGCGGACAUUUCCCCGGGCAAGAGAGGUGAGAAAGCUGGCGCAGGAUGGCGCAUUCGAUAAUCCGGAUUUGACAUCAGAAGGUAACAUUCGCUUUUGGCGGAAUACGUUCGAUCAGGUCGCUGCCAGAUACUACCAUCUGGCCCGUGGCAAACCUCGUUCAGUUCAGAAGUUCCGACUAUGCGGAGAAUUCGCCCUUGGCUCCCUGCAGUUAUUCCAGGUGAUGCCGUGGGAUCACCAUUCCAGCCAUUAUCCCGAGUGGGGAGAAUUAAUGUUUAAGCAUGCCUUUUGGACAUAUGAAGACGGGCUCGUGGUCUUUCCCAGCGAAGAAGACCGGAGCCUCGUGCUCUUGGAUUUAGAGACGGGGGAAACAUUCAUGGUUCCAUUCGUACUCACCGAUAAAGUCAUUCGACGAAUUCGUCUGCAGGACAGACUUUUGGUUAUUGAGUGGGCAGAGCCGGAGGCCUUCCACUGGCUGAACGACAGCGACGGUGUGCACCGUCACUUUGCUACAUCUUUUGACUUGUACAAGUAUGGUCGAGGCUGGGAUAUUAUUUUCCGCAACGAGUGGAAAAUCAUGUUCCUUGGCCAUCCACUGGGCGAGAGGGAUCGCUUUUUCUCCGCACAUAGUAAAAAUUACUAUACCAUCUAUGCGUGGCAGCCCAACCGCAGUCUUUACACUGCCGACGAGGACGCUCCCAUUGAGUCACUGUUUGUCUGGGACAUCUCCAAAGCGUCUUCCUACCGACCGUCCCUGGAUCCAACCGGUCGAAUGAGAGAUGCAUUUGGAGAUGAAGGCCCUACGAUCGUCGCCCGCUUCAGCUUCCGAGAACUGGGCUUUUACUCCGUUCGACAGAGGGGCUCACCGGCCAUCAUGAGACUGGACAUCAACAGCGAAGCAAAAACGGUAGACAUCACCGAAGUCACCUAUACCGGGUCUCCCAUCGGCCGCAACUCCUACAACCCUCUGGAAUGGACAUGCCGAGUUCAGACGACCAGCAUACCUUUCAUCGGACACGGGCCAUGCUGGCGCCGCGAUGCGGGCGUGGUUUUUCCCCCGUACCGUGGAAACAGCUGCAUGGAGAUCCCUCCUCUGUCAAUGACAGGCCACCUCCCUUGGUACCUGGGCGUGUACGAGGCGACCGACAAGGACGCCCAGGUGUCAUUCUAUCUCCGAUACUGCCAUAGCAGCGUCUCGGAAGAAGGGAAAUUCUCAGCGCGAUUAGCCUUGACGAUCCGCACCCCUCACUCCGAGACCACGCUGAGCGACACCGCUAGCGCCGCGCUCUCCGAGAAGGGGAAAAUCUGCGGCGACGAGAGAUUCGUUGUCGGUGAGAACGACAGUGGAGAACUCGUCGUAUAUCGGUUUUGA